CUCCCAACAGACUAUCUUUCCCCCUAAGUCUCGAUAUAUAAGUACUGGAACAACCUUAACUUGCUUAAUUUACUGCGGAAAACGAUCGAGUGACUUGUCAACGUUUUUCAACCACUUACUACCAUGUCUCCUUCGCCUCUAGAAUGUCCUUUGGGCUGAUAGAGAAAAGCAGGAGCGAGCUGGCCUCGAGCUUCGACCAUGAUCAAGAAAUAUUAAACCUUAAACCCAACUUCAGUCGUGGACACGUGCUGAUUGAGAUUCUGCUUCUCCUUAAACCUAGUCACUCUUUUUCAUUCCAUGCAACACAGCUCGAAACUCUCCAAAACAAGGUCCUGGACACCUUCAAGCGCAAUUAAUUCUGGGUCGAAUCAAUCCGCACAUUACGACAAUAGUUACCCUACUCAGACACUCAGACGGGAGGCUAGGACUUCAGUGCCGUCGAGUGUACGAAAACCUGGUUUUUUCGCACAACUAUUCUCUCCCAAAGCCGCCACCGUUGUCAUUGAAUCGCCGGUUGGUUCAAGCUUUGUAAAUCUCAGCCGCAAAUCAUCAUCUCCCUCUGUGGAACAUCACCACAUUCCGCCCAAUUUAGCCAUUCGGAGCCUUUCACCUGAUCUUCUAAAUGAUCCAGCUUUCUCUGCAGAUCCCCUCUCUCAUCCGCUGUUUGUCACCAAUCCAGAUUCAUAUACAGAGUCACCCCCGUCAAAGCCCAUUUUGAACGGAAAUUCACAUGCAGAUAUGACGGAGUCUCAUACACAAGAAUCUCGCUUUGCGUUACCAUAUUAUGGCAUCUCGGGAAACGAUUCAAUUUCGUUAACCCAUCCUAACUCUUCCUCCCAACCAUUGGAUCUCAGUUCGUUGGAAGGCAUGGGCACAAACACCUCUACCUCACAAUCUUCCAUCACAAUCGACGAACCAUCCCCACCUUCCUCAUUCACAGAUACCACAACAUCAUCGAUCUCUUCGGGCGUCGCUGGCAAGUUACCGAAGAAGAAUCUCAUCAUUCUCGAACCUCCCCGAAUUCUUUCCCCUCCUCCUGCUUACGACGAGCCCAGUCACCAAAGGCCGAUAACCGUCCGUCAUACCUCUGUCCCCAGUCUUCCAUCUUCGCAGCCUUACCCAACUGAAGUUCCUCCGCGUCCGGCAACCACUGCAAACGAUUCACGUACCGUGGAUUCUCGGCGCAAUAACACAGAUACAAAUCCAAGAGGACUUGAUCCUAUCGAUGAGCUCGACGAAAGCAAUCCUUUAGGUCUUUCCUUACAUCACGGUGGGCCUUACGAGGCGAUCAAGAAGGUCACACAGACUCCACGUGAACCACAGAAUCCAUAUAAUAAAAGCAUCCCACAGCAGGCAGCUCAUGUGUCGACACAAAAGACAAGUAGUAGUAGACAGCCAUUCAUCCCUGCCGCCAGACCAUUUGUACCAUUCGGAGCGUCUCUCAACCUUACUCCGGGACAAAUACUUCCCAGAAAUUACCAGCCCUAUUCCCAGCCACCACCGCGUAUUCCCAAUCAUUUGACUCCAUAUUCACAGAGAAACAACUCAGAUUUUUCAGUUCAUCAGGUUCUACAUCCACAGCCUGCCCUACAGAAUCAACAAAUUACUAAUCUACAAAAACAUACCCCUCAACAUUUGAUGCAGGCUCCGCUACACCAUCCCCAACACCAUCACCAAGCGCAGCCUCCCAUACACCGUGAACAGCCUUAUGUACAGCAAAAUACAUCUCAGUUUUCAACACAGCAUCCGUCGCAGUUGGGUGUUCGUGCGCGGGCUGACCUUUUUGAUGCUGAACCUGCACAACCCCCGUCGCCGUUGUUGAGCGUUCCACAGCGCUUCGAAGACGAUGCCAGCUCUAUCUAUGGGGACGAAGCUGAUGCAUAUGAUGGAAUUGAAGAUGAGGAGAUCUCUCAGGACUUAGAUAACCCUACCUCAGAAAUCCUUCAUCAGCCGGAAUCCUUCACACAUUUCAAAUCUGCUCCCGAUAUGCCCCAGACUUAUAUCGAUAAUGCCACUGCAAUCGAGGACGAUGUUGCUCGUGCGCUGUAUACUGGGUUUUCUGCGUUCGGUGAAGGUCCUCCCAUCUCUGAUGGGCGCGAGGCAUUCUCGAGGAGUGUACCUGUACCUACUCUUCCCCCGGGAGCCUCUUACAGACCACCCCCACGCCGUCACGAACAGCAGGGACGGCCGUUGGAAUAUCCCGAAGAACAAACUCCCUACACCCCAUAUGUUACAGCAAACCAACCUGAUGGAGUUUGGCAUCGUCGUGCCACGAGUCUUGACCCCGACUACAACCUACAUGGUUCGCAGUUACCUCAGCAUCGUCCAAUGAACCCUGGCCACCCGCAUGUAUCUGUCACAAAGAAUUUAGGACGUGUUCCUGAAUUGAAUCCAGAUAACAUGGUCCAGCUUCGUGCGGUGAAGCCAUAUCCGCAACCUCAGCAAUUUGCACCUCUACCACCUAAUGGUAAUUUGGAGCGACCAGUACGGUCUAAACCUGCGCCGAGCAUACAACAAUCCAUUUCUUCUACGAACUCGAGAAACGGACUCCCUCCACGUCACGUCCCCGCGAAGCUCACGAUGCCUCAGCCGUUAUAUAAUCCCAAUGCUCCACCGACUCAUCGUGAUAUCGCGGUACCAUCCAACAAACCACAGGUUCGCUUCCAACCCCCACCACAUAAUUCUGGCGUAUCUCUGUCUGUGCCACUGAGCAAGACUCGUCCCUCGACACGUAACUCCGUCCCUGAAUCUUCCAAAGUGCAAGCUCAAAUUAUACCUAUGGCUACUGAUUCUCGGAAGGUACUUCGGAAACGGAGCAGUGUUCAGGCAGUUGGUCCAGGAACAGCUUCAGUUAUGCCUGUGGGUACUCCCAAUAUACCACGCUCCAACUACCCACCGACACGGUCAAAGUCCGAGGUGAGACCCCCAGCUACUGGAAAUCGUACCAAUUCUACUUCUGUGCCUCCGGACAAAAAGGCCCCUAGAAGGUUGUUAAGUAAGAAGAGAGCGGAGUUUUAAUCCCACUGAUCACUUCCCAAUCCUUUCGUGCUUUGCUCGUAUCAUUCUGGCUGUGUUGUAUGUAUGUACCAUAUCUCCUUGCUUUUUAUCCAUUGCAUUGUCAUCAUACGAUACCUUGUCACACUCCUUAUCUGUAGAAACAACGUUCUAUGCAUCAACUAUGCGGGACCAUAUUGUAUUUAUAAUUUAGAACAUCCAGUACUUUCUGUUCAUCCUGGCCCCUUGAUCAUCAUGUUUCACACAACUUCACAUCCAGGCAUAUGUGGCUCGAAGAUCAGUGUAGUCAGGUUGUUCAUCCUUAUCAUCCAAGAGCCCAUAGUAAAAUGUGGUAUCUGAACGAAGAUCAGUAUGCUGAACCCAUGUGCCACAAUCACCCACCUCGGCCGUCUACUUCUCGCAUCGUGAAACCAUUACCCAGAUAUCCGAAUCUAGAGGAAGCUUCAAAACAGCCUCAGAAGCUAACGUCCUCUGCUUUACCUGUUCUGAGCGUAACCAUAUUC